CCUUCAAUUUUAAUUUUAUUUUUAAAGAAAAAAAAAAAACCUUAUCCCUUCUCUCUCUCUUCUUCUCUCUUAUUGUCCCUGCUAUGGCGAUUUCUACUAUUCGCUGAGUCCUGAUCUUUAAAGAUUUGAUGAGACAGAAACUUCAGAAAAAAAAAAAAGUAAAAGAAAUACAAAACCCCGUGUAGUACAGUCCGACCAAAUCUGUCUUGUGAUCUGAACAAGUACGGUUACUUGUAUGGAGUUGAUGGCUAAACCAACGUUCUCCAUCGAAGUCUCUCAAUACGGAACCGAUCUACCGACCUCGGCGACGACGAGGGAGAAAGCUUCGUCUUCUUCAUCCUCUUUCGAGACAGCAAACGAAGAAGAAUCUGGUAGUCUAAGCCGUCCAGGAAGUAGAAUCUGGUCAGGACAAACCGCUGAUUACUCAUCUGAUAGUUCAUCAAUCGGAACACCUGGAGAUAGCGAAGAAGACGACGACGACGACGAUGAUGAUGAACAAAGCCAAAACGAUGACGUUUCUUCUAAUGAACUAGGGCUUCGUGGGUUAGCUUCAAUGAGCUCUCUUGAAGAUUCUCUCCCCUCAAAGAGAGGGUUAUCGAAUCAUUACAAAGGGAAAUCAAAAUCAUUUGGGAAUUUAGGAGAGAUCGGGAGUAGUAGUGUGAAAGAAGUAGCUAAACAAGAGAAUCCAUUGAAUAAAAGAAGAAGAUUACAGAUCUGUAAUAAAUUAGCAAGGAGAUCGUUUUAUUCUUGGCAAAACCCUAAAUCUAUGCCUCUGUUACCAGUUAACGAAGAUGAAGAUGAUGAUGAUGAGGAAGAUCUGGAAUCUGGGUUUGAUGAGAAUAAUAAAUCAUCGAGUGAGGAUGAUGAGCAAGGAGGAGGUGGUAGAGUUAAGAAGGUUGUUGCGAGGAAAGGAUCUUUCAAGAACAGAGCUUACAUGUCUCGGAGUUGUUUCGCACUUUCAGAUCUGAUUGAGGAAGAAGACGAUGAUGAUGAUCAAUAAUUAAUUUAAUUGCAAAAUGCAAUGAUGAAAUUUUUUUUUUCUUUGUUCAUAAGUUUUUUUUUUGUUCGUUCUGAAAAAUAUUAAUUUUAAUUUUCGUCGAGCGAAUUAAUGUUUUCGUUUUAAUUCGGAUAAAAUUAAAAGUUAAUGAUACAAAAUUAAUUUUGAAUCGA